GACCUACUCCUCCUCUUUCCUCCAGAGCGAGAGAGGGAGGCAGUAGAGGACAAGGAGGAGAGCGGGGGGAGGGAAGGAGGAGCGGAGAAGAAAGGAGGAAGGGGACUCUCGUGGAGGGGGUGCGGAGAUGGACACGCCCGACCGCGCGGCGUUGCCGGCGUCAUCCAGGGCGGAGGACUCGCCGCUUUUUGGAUUCAUCGAUAGUAUGUCGCCAAUUGAGCCUCUCAAGUCGGCUUAUUCCACAAAUAGCCUCCAAGCAUACCAGUCUCUGAGCAUCACCUCCAUUUCCUCCAUCUUCACUUCUCCUCAUCACAAUACACAGAAGGAAUCUAAACUUUCCAAGAGCUCUUUUGCUGAUUUCAAUGAAAGUGAGGUUUGCACGGAUCACAGUGAUAAAAAUAAGCCACCCAGUUCCUCGAAUGCUGUUAGAUUGUUUGCCUGCACUAGCAGCAUUACCGAAGAGACCCACACAGCUACCAGUUCAGUAAAUGAGGGUAUUGUUGAUCCUGCCAAAGGGCCCAAUGAUUUGCCUCAACCUGGUCGAUUUGAGUCUGGCAGUCCGGAUCACAACACAACACCUUGCCACGGUGUUAGAUCAGAUCUUAAGCAGGACAAGCGUCGCAAAUCGGAAGCAGUGCAAACCAACAAAAAUACCUUGGAGAAUAGGAAAUGCUUAUUUUCCUCUAACAUCCAGCUCCCUGAUGGCUGCCAGCCUGAAGAAGGCAAUGGUGAGGUGCUUGGUUGUGACUGGGAGGACUUAGUUUCUGCAACUUCUGGUGAGCUUUUAGCCUUUGAUGACACAUCAACUGUUGAAGAUCACGGAGGAGUUCGCCUGGCAGUAAAUAAUGCUGAAUCAUGUGGAUUUUUGCUCUCGGAACUUAAUGGAGGUUGUGACAUAUCGGACAGAACGCACCCUAUUGGGACCAGUCAAGUAUACUAUCAUGAGAUGGUAAUGGAAGAAGAUAAGACGGAAAAUGCCCAAUUCUUUUCUGAAGGUCAAAAAACAAUGUCAGGUGAAGAAAUGCAGGAUAAUCUUAAUGAAGACAAUGCAUGCAUUCCAUUAGGCUGCAAGGUUGAGACUCACCAACAACGUGGGACACGAAAGCGCUGCCUGGUUUUUGAGGCAGCUGGAUAUUCAAACAGGACUGUCCAGAAAGAAUCUGUUGGCGAUUUGACUGUCUCAAAAUUGAAAGGCAAAAGUGUUGCACAAAAUCACACAAAUCCAGGAAAAACUCCAUCACCACGUGUAUUGCGUGGUAUUGGUCUACAUUUAAAUGCUCUUGCAUUAACAUCAAAAGACAAAAUCGUUUGCCAGGACCCUUUGUCUACUGCUUUGGUUCCAUCAGUCAAAACUGAACAGGAUAUGCAUGGGAACUUGUUAUCUGCUGGAGAGAAUUUCGUCCAUUCAAGUGGCGAACUGUUAGACCUUCAGAUGGAUAAUGAUGAUUGUUUAGCUGGAGGUUUUCUCGGAAAUGAUCAUAUUUCAAGUCAAAGUAGCAGCCCUCAAAAGAAGAGGCGUAAAUCAGAUAAUGGCGACGAUGAAUCAUGCAAGCGCUGCAGCUGUAAAAAGUCCAAGUGCUUGAAACUUUAUUGUGAGUGCUUUGCUGCUGGCGUGUACUGUUCCGAACCUUGUUCAUGUUUAGGAUGUCUUAACAAGCCUAUACAUGAGGAAAUUGUUCUCUCCACUCGUAAGCAGAUAGAAUUCCGGAAUCCGCUAGCAUUUGCUCCAAAAGUGAUCCGCUUGUCUGAUGCUGGUCAGGAGACCCAGGAAGAUCCUAAUAACACCCCUGCCUCUGCUCGCCACAAGAGAGGAUGCAAUUGCAAGAAGUCAAGCUGUCUCAAGAAAUACUGUGAAUGCUAUCAGGGAGGUGUUGGUUGCUCCAGCAACUGCAGAUGUGAAAGUUGCAAAAACACUUUUGGCAUGAGAGAUGGUGCUGUAUCAGUUGAGAAUGAAGAAAUGAAGCAAGGAGGCGAACAGACUGAAAGUUGUGGAAAAGAAAAGGAAAAUGACGAACAAAAGGCAAAUGUACAUAAUGGCGAUCACCAACUCGUUGAACUUGGUGUCCCAAUAACACCACCUUUGGCUAUUUCCAGUUCUUUGCUCCAACAGCCAAACUUCUCAAAUGCAAAGCCACCAAGACCUUCUAAACCCCGCACGGGGAGUUCCUCCCGUCCUUCAAAAGCCGCUGCAUCAGUUCUCUCUCACAAAAUUCCCAAGGUUGCCAACAGUGUGUUCAAUGAGGAAGUGCCUGAUAUUUUAACAGAACCUGCUUCUCCUGGUAUCGUCAAGACUUCUUCACCCAAUGGAAAAAGAGUCUCACCACCACACAAUUCACUCAGCAUUUCACCAAGUCGAAGAGGAGGACGGAAACUAAUACUGAAAUCCAUUCCCUCAUUUCCGUCACUUCUUGGAGACACAAGCAGUGGUUCUGCAAUUAGCAAUUCCAACAGUGCAUUUACCGAAUCAUCUCUUGCUUUAGGUCCACCUUAAAGUCUGGGAAGCAAAUUACCUUCAACCGGAGUACAACUUGUAGUCCGAUACUGUACCCCACACCUUAGUCAGCGUCAAGGCUCGAGGUACUGUCAGAGAAUAUUAUGUUAGAAAUUAAAGAUCAGGUAGUCUAUUUGUAAUAUAUGUAGUGAGUGAAUAAGCUGUAUGUAAGAUGCUAUUAUCUUAUGAAGUUAUCCUUAUUGAAAUCUAUUAAUACUAUAUAAAUCACCUCUGGUGAGUCAGGGAGAUUCAGUUUCA